AUGCCAGGGAACAAAUUUAAAGUUCGACCACUUGAAGAAGUUCAACAUGACUAUGAAUUGUAUCUCCUCGUACCGCAUCAGUGCAUCACUUUGGUCGCAUCUGAUCCAGCAACCGGUUCUCUCGUAACCUUUCUGGUUGGAGUCUCUGAGCAAAUAUAUGCUAGUUUGGAUUUGAUGGUCUUCAUUGCUAGACCUCAAGGUGAUAAGCCUCGUCGCCAAGAACCAAUUAGGCCAAUUGCUUCCACCGUUGAUCCCUUGGAUGCAUGUGAUGACAGAGGAUUACCUUUCUGGCCGACCGAUUUUGCAGAUACAUCACGUUUCUAUUUGCUGAAAGAAUCAGAGUUGCAGGGCAACGAGUGGAUUCGUCUAUACUUGGAACUUUCUCUUUGUUCAAAUGAUAGGAAUAUUCCAGAAAGCCAUGUAUCACAGCUACAGAUUGUGAGCGUUGCAAUGGAAAAAACUAUUAAACAUUUCACAAGUACCAUUUUCUACAUAACAUUUAAAGGCUUGCCUGUGGCUCGGGUUGGUGAGGAAGGUGAACAUGUUGAGCGCAAAGUCAUAAUUAGAGAGUAUGAGGAUCUAUCUACCGGAUACUACACUCUCAUGGGUGGGUUUGGGUUCUCGGUUGGUGAAGACACUAGUCAUCGCCGUAUGACUCGCCUUGGGACUGGGAGCAUUGAAGAAAUGUACGCUGAGAAGAAGAGGCUGCACCCUACGACUCCCCCAUGUCCAGCCAUCCCCAUUGCUGAUUACUGGAAAAGCUAG